CCGUUCUGCCUGUCCUCGAUGGCCAGGAUGAAGAACAUUUUCAGGAAGCUCCACAUCGGAGGCAGCCAUGACACUGCCUCACGACCCGACGCCAUUGGUUCUGCCACAGCAUCUCAAUCUUACGGCUCCGAUGAUCGGCCGUCCGCCUCCUCGGCCGGCGGGGUCCCGCGUAGCCCGUCGCCGUCUUCUUCUCCCUCGCUGCCCUCUCCGGCUGCUGCCGCCACCCUCGAAGGUGGCGGAGACGACCGGAGGGCCGCAUCUGCCGCGUCGACGCGGGAUUUUUACUCCUUGGAGGAGGAAUUCCAGUAUCAAUUGGCGCUUGCUAUUUCGGCGUCGAACAACGACCUAGGGAAUGACCUCGACAAAGAACAGAUCCAUGCGGCCACGCUCAUGAGUCUCGGCCGCGAGCCGCGGGCGGAGAGCUUGGCGGAAGCGCAGUCACGGCGUUACUGGGACUAUGAUGUGCUUGACUAUGGGGACAAAGUCUUGGAUGGGUUCUAUGACAUAGUCGGAAUUUCAUCAGAUUCUACAUGCCGAGGAAAAAUGCCUUCUCUUGCUGAUCUGGAAGCUGCAGAGGGAGAUCUUGGUUUUGAAAUUGUUAUAGUUAAUCAGUCCAUUGAUCCUGCGUUGGAAGAGCUGGAACAAAUUUCUCGUUGUAUUGCCAUAGACUGCCAUGUUAAUGAGGUGGGACUUAUUAAUAGCAGGUUGGUGCAACGAAUUGCUGACCUAAUUGUCGAACAUAUGGGUGGUCCAGUUAAAGAUGCAAAUGAAAUGAUAGCCAGGUGGGUUGAGAACAGUAUCAGGCUCCGGUCUUCCCUGAAUACGAGUUUCUUGCCUAUUGGAUGCUCAAAUGUUGGUCUAUCUCGUCACAGGGCUUUACUAUUUAAGGUAAUAGCUGAUUCUGUGGGCAUACCCUGUCGAUUGGUUAAAGGAAGCCAUUAUAUUGGCGUUGAUGAUGGAGCAGUCAACAUAAUUAGGACAGAGGAUGGCAGGGAGUUUCUGGUUGACCUCAUGGGAGCUCCAGGAGCGCUACUUCCAGCUGAUGCUUUUAGUACAAAUGAUCCUGCUUCAAACAUGGGAAACAGUCAGUUGGGCAAAAGGCUACCUCCCAGGGACUUCCAGAGUCCUUGCAUUAAUGUAACCAAAUCAGAUCUAUCUGGUGAAGAAUAUAAAGCAACAAAUGCAAAUGGCAGUGCAGAGGGCAAUGCAACUUCAGAGUGGAAGAUGGCUUCUGGCACGUUACCAAUCACUCCAAACUCCAACACAAGGAUAGGAAUUACAUCCUCUGAUUCUGCUUCAUCUUCCAAGCAAAUGUGGAACAAGGAAACUUCUGCAGUUGAUGAAGUUGCAAAAGAGAAGCCAAACACAGCAUCAUCUCCUCAAGAUCUUGGCGACUCCAAACAGCUCUUCGCGGACCUGAACCCUUUUCAAAAUCUUGGCACUGGCAAGAGGCUUUUGCAGAAUAAAGUCAACCCGUAUAAGGUUAAUGAUUUUCACAGGCAUAAAGAAAACAUCAAUAUUGGUCCUGGAAGACCACCUUUGGCAGUUCCGUGGAAACACAACUCUAAUGAGGUUCCUAAGGUGAAACAACAAGAAUCUGUUGAAGGCGGCUUCCCUAGAAAAAAUGUUGUUGGCAAAGAUUUUAAUGCAUCUUCAUCAUCCUUGUCUAGUUCAUCUACUAAUAACAUCAUGCCAGAGUUUCUAAAUAUUCAUGUACCCAGUGUUUCCAAUGUGUCAAGUUCACUGAACGCAAAUGGGAUAAAUGAUGUGAAAGAUGACCCUCGUGCAGGAAACGUGAAGCCUUCUGUCCAAGUUGAUGUUUUUUCAGCUCAAUCUGCAGGAAAUAAGCCUCAUGAUGAUGGUACUUAUGGGCCUGGCAGUAACAUGUAUCAAAAUACUGAAGUUUCGAAAUUCAGAGAUUAUGCCUGGAACGCUAAUGAUAAGAGUGAUCGAAGAACUGAUAACAGUCCCCAGGGCCAUAAGAUGCCUUUGAAGGAAAGGCAGAUUUCAAACUCGAGACGUCGUGCUAGUUCAAGCAGACUAGACCCAACAUUUGAUGAUGUAGCUGAAUGCGAAAUUCCAUGGGAAGAUCUGGUCAUUGGAGAGCGAAUUGGUUUAGGCUCUUAUGGAGAGGUUUAUCUUGCUGAGUGGAAUGGCACAGAAGUAGCUGUAAAGAAGUUUUUAGAUCAGGAAUUUUCCGGGGAUGCACUUCAAGAAUUCAAAACUGAAGUGAGAAUUAUGCGCAGGCUUCGCCAUCCAAAUGUUGUUCUUUUUUUGGGUGCUGUAACUCGACCUCCAAAUCUUUCGAUUGUCACCGAGUUUCUGCCUAGAGGAAGCUUAUACAAGAUUCUUCAUCGCCCUAAUUGCCAAAUAGACGAGAAAUGCCGGAUUAAGAUGGCACUUGAUGUGGCAAAAGGGAUGAAUUGCUUGCACACCAGUGUACCAACAAUUGUGCACCGUGACCUGAAAUCACCAAAUUUGCUUGUUGAUGAGAAUUGGAAUGUUAAGGUUUGUGACUUUGGGCUUUCACGUAUGAAGCAUAACACAUUUUUAUCUUCCAAAUCUACUGCUGGAACUCCAGAGUGGAUGGCACCUGAGGUUUUGCGCAACGAGCCAUCCAAUGAAAAGUGUGAUGUCUAUAGCUUUGGUGUCAUACUGUGGGAGCUUGCGACAUUGAGAAUGCCAUGGAGUGGAAUGAAUCCAAUGCAAGUGGUUGGUGCAGUAGGAUUUCAGAAUCGUCGUCUAGAAAUUCCAAAGGAAGUGGAUCCUUUGGUAGCGAGGAUAAUCUGGGAGUGUUGGCAGACUGAUCCAAAUCUGCGGCCUUCAUUUGCCCAGCUGGCAACAGCACUUGAGCCUCUGCAACAGCUUGUCAUGCCGAAUCACCAAGAUUCUCAGAGCUCACACCUAUCACAGGAGAUCUCUGUAACUUCUACUCCCUGAGGCAAUCUGCUACAAGAAACGGUUUUAUAAUUUUUGUAUCUUGAGAACAUAUUCAUAUAGCCCACGUUGGUAAGCGAUGGAGAGAAUUCUUUUGUGGCGCAUCAUGUGGCGAAAAGAAAGCUGCUGUUGUGGCCGUGUACAGGGAAAUACAUCCCAGGGGAGUAUUUGUAUAUUGUAUAUGAAAUUGCAAAUAAUCAGAAUUCUGUUUGGUCUCCCCCAUCA